AUGAUGGAAAAUAAUGCCUCGUCGCUUUAUUCAUUAAAGACUGAGUAUAAUGCAGACUCUAUAGAAUUUUGUCCAUUUCAAACACACUCAGAAUUUUUAACAUGUGGAACUUAUCAAUUAGUUCGUAAUGAAGAAGUAAAAGAUGAAAUUCCAAGUAAAAACAAAAGAAUAGGAAGUUUACUAUUAUAUAAAGUAAUUGAUGAUAAUAAAUCUAUUAAAUUACAAGAAAUACAAAGGAUUGAAAUGGGCGCUAUACCUGAUAUGAAAUGGUCACAUCAGUUAUUAUCUGAUAAAUAUAUUUUGUCUGUAGCAGAUGCAAAUGGGAUGAUUUCUUUAUAUGAAUUUGAUAAGAAUAGAUUAAGCCCAAUAACGAAAUUUAUGGCCAAUAAUGAUGAAAAAUUGUGUCUUUCUCUUGAAUGGUCAAAUAGAAUUAAUUUAAGUUCAUCGUCACCAUCUUCAUCCUCUUCUUCAAUCGUAGUUUCUCAAAGUGAUGGAAGUGUUAUUGUCAUGUCUGUUGAUCAACAAAUUGGAAUUUGUGAAAAGAAUAGAUGGAUUGCACACGAAUUUGAAGCAUGGAUUGCAACUUUUAAUUAUUGGAAUCCAAAUAUUGUUUAUACUGACGAUUGUAAAUUAAAAGGUUGGGAUAUAAGAAUGGAUUUAUCAACAUCAAUAUUUUCCAAUACAAAACACGAGGAAGGCGUUUGUAGUAUUCAAUCUAAUCCUCAUACGGAAAAUUAUUUUAUUUCCGGAAGUUACGAUGAAAAUGUUUUACUUUGGGACACAAGAUCACUAAAAAGCCCCGUAAAUACCUAUAAUAUUAAUGGUGGUGUUUGGAGAUUAAAAUGGCAUCCAUUCAAUAAAGAUUUAUUUGUUGCUGCUUGUAUGUAUAAUGGAUUUCAUGUAAUCAAAACGAGCGACGAAUUAAAAGGCAAAAACGACAAUGAUGAUGUUGUAAUAACGAUGAUGAAAUCUUCAAGUUUUAUGAAGCAUCAAUCGAUUGCUUAUGGUGUUGACUGGUCAUAUUCAAGAAACCUGAAUCAUAACAAAUCGUUAUUAGCAAGUUGUUCAUUUUAUGAUAAUCUUGUACAUCUUUGGUAA